GCCUUCCAAGUAUUACGCCCAGAGUCCUCACGCUAAUACGAGCUAUGUACGACCUGAUGGCAUGAUGUUGCAUUUUUGCAGCGGACACUCACUGCACGGCCACCACCGAUAUCUUUAGCACGUGGAGACGAGAUGAGGGCUAGCCCAACGCUAUGGUACUUGACCGUUGGAUUACCAUCUGUAGUCGAUUCUUUGACCACCGAUAAAGCUAUACUCAGUUCCCAGUUGUAUCCCUCGCGUUGUAUCCCUCGCAUUCUACCCUUCAUCUCUUUACCUUCGAUUCGUUCGUCAAGAUGAAGGUCCUUCCCCUCCUCGCCGCUCCGCUCCUUGCCUCGGUCUCGCCUUUGUUGGCUGAGCGCCAGGCAGACCGAAGCGUCGACACCUUGUUCAGUGGCGUUGGCAAAAUUUACUUCGGUGCCGCCGCUGAGAAGAACAAGUUCAGCGAAGGAGGUGACAAGAUAGGUGCCAUGAUGGAGAAAAACUUUGGACAGGCCACUAACUACCGUGGCACGUUCACCACCGAAGCUGCCGAUGAGCUUGUGUCAUGGGCUAAUGCUAAUGGCAAGAGUGUCAGAGGCCACACGCUAGUUUGGGGUGAAGAUGUACCUGAUUGGGUGCAAAAAAUCAACGACAAGGAGACCAUGAAGACAGUGAUUCACGACCACGUGUAUGGAGUUGUCUCGAGGUUCAAGGGCAGGGUCAGGUCUUGGGACGUGGUGAACGAGAUCUUCGAACUAGACAAGGUCGGUCUAAAGAACACCAAGUUCUACCAAGUUCUUGGGGAGGAGUACGUCGGCAUUGCCUUCCGUGCCGCCCAUAAAGCAGACUCAGAUGCCAAACUAUAUAUCAAUGACUAUGGUCUCGACAACGUAACUUGGGCCAAGUCCCAGCCAGGUAGCCUUGUCGAUAAGGUGAAGCAAUGGAGGAGCGAGGGCAUUCCCAUUGAUGGCAUUGGCUCGCAGACGCAUUUGAUAGCCGGCGCAUCAGCUGCCGUGGAGACUGCGCUCAGGACUUUGGCUAAAGCCGCUCUUGAAGUUGCGAUCACAGAGCUGGACAUCGAAGGCCGCAAUCCUCAAGGGUACAUCCAAGCUGUCGCGGCCUGCUAUCACGUUGCAAGUUGCGUGGGUGUUACAGUCUGGGGUGUUUGCGACACGGCAAACUUGGGCAAGACCCUCUUCAAGAACAACUGCGACCCGAUGGAUGCGUAUUACGCUAUUGCCGACUGGUUGAAAAUGCUCUAG